UCCCUCUGUCUGCUUGGGUCGGUCGGGGCUUCAGAUUCCCUUACAUGUCGUUGCAAGAAAAUAAUUAGCCCACUGCCGUCUUCUGUCCUGACCCGUCUCUCUCUCUCUCUCUCUCUCUCUCUCUAGUCUCUGUCUGUGAUUGGUGUGAAUGGAUUUUACAGUGCAAUGAAAUAUACCAAAACCCGACUCUCCCAUCAACUUUUUCUCUGCCCUUUUCCUAAUUUCUGCCCGUCAGCUCUUUUGAGCAGCAACUGUUGUUUGCUUAUUCUCCCUACCUCCUUCCCUCUCUCCCUUCCGUGAGGCUAUAUCUGGAAUCUCCAGCUGCUGCAGCUCACCAGUCCAUCAGCCUACCGCCGGAUCGCGUGGGUUUCCGGAUAUGGUACUGAAGAUUUGUGGGUAAGGAUUGGAGUUAUGUUCUUGUGGGGUUCUGUGAUUCCGGGGCCCCUCUAUUGGAUCCGAGCGUGCCGUUUCUUGAUUUCUUGGAGGUCUCAAUGACAGAUGAUUAGGAUUUCGGACUCAGCAGUACGAUUUGCAAGGCUGAAUUGUUUUACGCAGUGGAGCUUCCUGAUUCUUCCAGUAAAAUGUGAAUUCCUUCGACUCCUUUCAUGAUCUCUGUUUCGCUGAUUGGGUUGUGGCGUUACGGAUUAUUUCGAACGAUUGAUGCUUAAGUGAAUGGAGGCUAAGAUUACUGGAGAGAAAGCGCAGCAUUUCUAUGGUCCCGUGGUUUCGGAUGCAGGGGUGGAUAGGAAGAGCUCGGAGUGGGACUUGAAUGAUUGGAAAUGGGAUGGAGAUCUAUUCAGGGCGAGUCCCUUAGGUUCGGCACAGUUAGAUUAUAGGAGUAGGCAGUUUCUUCCCAUAGGACCUGAUAACGCGGCGUGCAGCAGUAGUUUCUCGAAGGGCCAACCGCCUAGUUUAGAGGAUGCCAAUCCAAUUUAUGGAAGUGAAAAAAGGGAAGUGGAGAAGAGGAGGAGAGGUGCUUUAAUUGAGGAUGAAGAGCUCGGCGAGGGUGCUGGCUGUCUCAGUUUGAAGCUUGGUGGGCAAGUCUAUCCCGUCACAGAUGGGGACUCCAAGGUGGGGAAGAAGACCAAAUGUGUGGGCCCCAUUUCGAUUUCGAGUGCCGUUGUCUGUCAAGUGGAAGGGUGUAAGGCCGAUCUUAGCAAUUCCAAGGAUUACCACAGAAGGCAUAAAGUCUGUGAGAUGCACUCUAAGGCAGGGGAAGCGAUCGUGGGGAAUGUUCUGCAGCGGUUCUGUCAGCAGUGUAGCAGGUUUCAUGCUCUUCAAGAGUUUGAUGAAGGAAAGAGAAGCUGUCGUCGCCGUUUGGCAGGACAUAACAGGCGGAGGAGGAAAACGCAUCCUGAUCCCAUAGCUAACGGAGUCUCUUUCAACAGUGAAAGGGAUGGCAAUUAUGUAUUGAUUAGUUUAUUGCGGAUACUAGCUAAUAUGCAAUCAAGUUGUUCAGAUCAAACCAAGGAUUGGGAUCUUCUCUCUCAUUUGCUGAGUAACCUUGCUGGGUCAGGUAACCAGCAGAAUAUUUCAAGGUUACUGCAGGAAGCGAAGAAUGCUGUGCCCUCAACUGGUCCUGAAUCUGCAAAAGCCAGUGGCUCAAAUUUUCAAGAACCUGCCAGGCCGGUCGAGCUAAACAUUAAACAACCCUCAUCUGAUGUUGCCCAUAAUAUUGAUGCUACUGCUCAGGGCAAGAACCUAGGAAAUUCAUCGACUUUAAAGUCCAUGGUGCAGUUUCCUUCUACAGAGUUCCACCUUCCCCAGCGGAACGAGACUGAGGCUAUAGUUGGGAGGAGCAGAAUAAAUAACUUUGACUUAAAUAAUGUUUGCGAGGAGGAGUGCAUGGAGAAUUUACACAAGGAGCGUGCUGUCAAUCUAGGAAAUGGGUCUCCAGGUGUCCCUGAAAUAGAAGAAAAAGACUAUCAAAGAGUGAGUCCAGCUCCGAAUAGUUCGACCUCAAAUUCAACUUCCACAGGGUCUCCAUCUAGCUCCAGUGGAGAAGCUCAGAGCCGGACUGAUCGAAUCGUGUUUAAAUUGUUUGGGAAAGAUCCCAAUGAUCUUCCUCAUGAUUUGCGGAAACAGAUUCUUGAUUGGCUAUCCCAGAGUCCAACGGACAUUGAGAGCUACAUUAGGCCUGGGUGCAUCAUUUUGACUGUAUAUCUUCGUCUCAAAAAGUCCAUCUGGGAGGAGCUGUGCCGUGAUCUUGGAUCCAAUUUGAGGAGGCUUUUAGAGGCAUCGAAUGAUUCUUUUUGGAGAACAGGGUGGGUUUUCACUAGGGUACGAAGCUCCGUGGCAUUUGCCUAUAAUGGCAGCAUUGUUCUGGACACACUGUUGCCACUGAGAAACAAUGAGAACUGCAGGAUUGCGAUCAUUAAACCUAUCGCAGUAUCAGUUUCUGAGAGUGCCCAAUUUUUAGUCAAAGGCUUUAAUCUUUUAGAAUCCACCUCGAGGUUACUAUGCACACUCGAAGGAAAAUAUCUCACCCAGAGAAAUUGUAAUGAACUUAUAGAAGUAGAUCGAACAGUUGAGGAUCCUGAUGAGCCCCAGUGCCUUACCUUUCGCUGUUCUAUACCGGGAGUUUGUGGGAGGGGGUUUAUCGAGGUCGAGGACUGCAGUUUCAACAGCAGUUUCUUUCCAUUUAUCAUUGCGGAGGAAGAAGUCUGUUCAGAAAUCCGUACACUGGAGAAUGCAAUUGACACAGUAAUCGAAGACCAUGAAAGGGCCAAAGCUAGAGAUCAAGCCCUUGAUUUUAUAAACGAGAUGGGUUGGCUCCUUCAAUGCAACCACUUGAAACUUCGACUUAAAGCUGUAGACCUGUAUGAUUUUAGUCUCUUCCCUCUUGAACGGUUCAAGUGGCUAGUGGACUUUGCAGUCGAAAAGGACUGGUGUGCCGUGGUUAAGAAGCUUCUGGGCAUUCUCUUUGGUGGGGUGGUGGGCCCUGAGGAACACCAACCCAUCAAUCGAGUGUUGUUGGAUAUGGGUCUUCUUCACAGAGCUGUGCAGAGAAAUUGUAGGGCAAUGGUUGAAUUUUUAUUACGCUAUGUCCCGAGUGAAGAAUUGGGUUCUGAGAUGGAAUCGAAGGCUGAUCCGCUCCAGAACUGCUAUGUAUUUAAGCCAGAUGCUGCUGGACCUGGUGGGCUAACUCCGCUGCACAUAGCGGCUAGCACAGCUGGUUCUGACCUUGUUUUGGAUGCCCUGACAAAUGAUCCCACAUCGGUUGGCCUCAUUGCGUGGAAGACUGCUCGUGAUAACACAGGCCUAACCCCUAAUGACUACGCUUGCCUAAGACGCCAUUACUCCUACAUCCAUCUGGUCCAGAGGAAGAUCAACCGAACAUCCAAUUCCGGGCACUCAGUAGUCAAUAUUCCUACUUCUUUGUCUGGAACCCAUACUAGCGGUACCAAUGAGAAGGCCGCAAUCUUUGAGACCGAGAAGAAGACGAGCUCUGAACUCCGAGCUCUGCAGGGACAAUGCAGAUUGUGUGAGCGACAGAGGUUCCAUUAUGGGACUGCUGGGAGGACAUCCCUUUUGUAUCGUCCAAUGAUGUUCUCGAUGGUAGCGAUUGCUGCUGUAUGUGUUUGUGUGGCUCUGCUGUUCAAGAGCUCGCCGGAGGUUGUCUAUGGUUUCCGACCAUUCAGGUGGGAGAGGUUGAAGUACGGGUCGAUGUAAUCAUAUCCUUUUCUUCAUCUGUCUGCACUCUUGCUCGCCGAAUUAUCUAGGAUGUGGUGACCCUUUAUAGAUUGUUGGAAAAUUUAGAUCAAUGUGGAGAAUUCACUGUAUGUGUGGUGGUAUAUGAAGUUCAUGUCCAUUGAUCGAAUUAUUAAUUAACCGUUAGAUAGAUAUUAGCUGUUGUUAUAUAUACUGAUGGAAGAAUGAAACAUGUAGUGUGGCGCUCAUGAUCAAAGCUACUCAUUAUGUUGAGAGUAUUGCGAUUGUGUAAAGGAUCAGGGCAGUUCCAACAUUGGUAAUAAAUUGUUAGGACAAAAAGACAGUUGAGCCUUGAGAUGUGUCCGAGGGGCAUCUGAGGCAUCUGCAUUCUGCAGAAUUUUGUAAUGAAGAAAGGAAACUAUGAUGAAACUUUGAUCA